AUGUCUUCAGCAAAACCGAAUCAACCCAAUGAUUCAAACACGGUUAAUGAUACCGCCAAUUCUGCACUUAACUGUAACGAGAAACAAAUUAAAUUCACAUCUCCAAUGUGGCAUCAUUUCACCUAUGAAGAAGUUAAUGGAACCAAAAAGGUUGUUUGUAAGUAUUGUAGAAAGGAAAUUACUUAUACAACCAAAAAUGGAACCAAAGGGAUGCAUUCUCACCAGUCAUGCAAAAUACAAAUUGGGCAAAAGAAAAUUGAUGAUUUUCAGAGUCAGUUAACCGUAAAAAGAUCUAAGACGGAUGAAAGUGGGGGAUCAAUUUUAGCAACACAUCGGUUUAAUUAUGACAAUUUGCAAACCGAUCUUGCUAAAAUGAUCACAAAACAUGAUUACCCACUUAGAAUUGUUGAACACGAAGGCUUUAGAGAUUUUUAUCAGGGGCUCCAACCACUUUUUAGGCCUAUUUGUAGAAACACAGCUAGAUUUGAUGUCAUGAAGUUGUACGGUGAGGAAAAGGCAAGGAUGAUGCAUUUUUUGGAGAGUAUUCAAGGUAGGAUUGGAAUAACUACCGACUUUGAAAUACAAGAAGGUGUUUUAUCGGUUACAUCAACGUGA